CCACCCUGUUACUAAUUUUGGCGCUCAAUGACUAAUAAACGAUAGACACUUGUUUCGUACCUUCCGCCAUAUGAUUUAGUCACAGUGACCCAAUUGUGCCAAACGCUUCAUAGCCACAUCCAAAUACACGAUGCGAGGGUAAAGGCCAAUCUACUUUCUAAGACCUUGUGUGCUGGGCUGGGCUCCUACUUGCGCACAUUGUUUCACUGUGCGUGCACAGCAAAGAGUUUUCGCCUAACUAUCGGCUGUGCCAGCGAUGGGUUUCGAACUGAAUCGCGUCCAUGUGUGGAGUGCGGAAUCAACACAUGCGAUGAAUGCCGGAUACAUGUCUUCUACAACCAUCUCGUCGAGGACGCUGGGUACGACCAACGUCGCUGGUGGGCAGGUUUUUUCUUUCUGAAUACUGCGUCGAUUUCUGUCCUUCCACCAAAGCAUGGAGAUGUAUCUGCCUGGUACCGUCCUAUCGAAGAAAUGGAGCCUCUCCACGAUCGCGGCCGUUUCCACAUUCCACUCCACAUUCCUGCCAUCGGCGAUCCGGAGCCAAUAGAGCGCCUUCUGGAUAUCAACCUGGGUGAGCAACAGAUCAUCAGCCCUCUCGGUCGUACUCAACCUCCAUAUAGCGGCAACGAGAUUGUAUCGUUCCUCAAUAUGAUUAUCACCCUACGGAAAGAGCUUGUGUGCUUGGCAUGCUUCAAGGAACGACAGAAGAAAGGCUCAUCUCGAUGCUCUUGCACACUCCGUAAGCGCUUCCUGGACCGUUGGCUGUGCGUGGGUUGCUAUGUAAAAGAAGAUCACGCAGACAAAGCCAUGGCUAGCCAUAUCGUUGUCCAAGACGACGACGGAGGCGGCCACCGUCACCUAUGUGCCUGUGGGGCGAGUUUCGGAGCGGGUCCACAGCCAAAAAUUCUUUGUAACUGGUGCAAGGGAGAGGUUGCAGGGGAAUGGGUUGACGCCGAAAACGAGAUGGAGGACCGAGACGCCGAAGAGCCCGAGGAGGAAGAGCAACAAGACGAGGAGCAUUCAGCUGCUGACUUUGCGCAUAUGGAGCCUGGUGAGCUUGGUUUCGCCAAAAAUUGCGACAAGUCGUUAUCAGUCUAUGUAGACGGCACUUGCAUUCGUGGAGAGCGUUUGGGGCGAGGCAUUGUGCGCAAAUGGAGAUUAGAGGAAGGUCUGCCGGACGAUUGCAUUUGCUGUCUGUGCGAAGACGGCGAUGCCAACCAUAACCACAACCACGAUGGAAACGACGGCGAGGGGAACGAUGAUGGGGACGAACGGGGGACGAACGAGAACAGUACUACAGCUAUCGAUGACGAUGAGAGUAACUGAGGGUAUGCUGGUGUGGGAAAGACGCCUCCGAAGUGCUGGUAUUGGGGUCAUAGGAGUAGUUCACAAGCCUGUGCGUUACUGAUUAGGGGGUAAAAGCAGAAAGCUAUGUAUGAAUGUUGAUGUACUCGAAG